UUGACUUGUCACUGUGGAGGAAGCACAGUAAUGUGUCUGUACACUGCAACGGAGAACCUCUCAUGAACUGCACGUGUGAAUAUACCCCAAGACUGGCAUGAGCAGUGACUCAGAGGAUCACUACAAAGGGUGGUUUUAAUGCUAAGAAGAGUUAACCUCAUGCUACAGAGUUAAGUACUUAUUUUUCUUGUACACUAUGUAUGGGCAAAAAAUAGUUCCGACCACAUUUCAAGGCCAUUCAGACAGUAAGAUACUGCACGCUUAUGGCAAUAAGACUAAUGUUUGUGAAAAGGGAACAUUGCUUCUGUGCCCACCACACUUUGAGAUGGACUAGCCAUCCGGAUCUAAGAUCUGCACUCCACAGCCUGGGAACCGCAGAAAGCGUUAAUGAGAACAGAAUCUCACACCUGUGGUUAAGAUUGCAAAAUGAACUUGGAGUGAGAAUUAGGGAGGAUUGCAACCAUCAUUGUUUGUACAUAUACACAGCUAUUGGGAAAAGACUACACUGUAAUAUACUUUGGAACUGUGCCUAUUGCUAUUUGUACUGCUACUACUCCCAUCAUCAGCUCAGUAAGGGCCAAUGGGCCUGGUUAUUGACUCCAUCAUCCAUACACAGGCCUUUGCACCUGCCCUUGUGCCUUGCACCCAUCAGUCUAGCAUCAAGGGCAACCCAAUCACCAACAGACCAGAGCCCCUAGAAUGUCCAGCCAAUGUUAACCACCACUCCUAUCAUGCCAAAACUAUCACUCCCCUCCUCCCAGCUCUGUCCCUGCUGGUCACUGCACUUGUCUCUUGGGUGUGUGCCAGUCUUUCAAAGCAAUAUGAAGAGUACAAAGUUUACUGCAUGGUAAAAAAAAUAAAAAAAUAAAAAAUUGUGAAGAAUUUUAGUAAAUCGGUGAAGAUAUGCCCUUUUUUAAGAUGUAUAAGAUGUAGCUCACACAGUACGCCACCCCACCCCAGUGCUAAAAUAGGUUGUGCCACGGGUUGUUUUAAUAAAAUUUAGCAUAAAAAACAUCCCCACCGGUCUCUACUUCUGGAUCCCUCUCUACACAGGUUGGCCACUCACUGGUUGAGGUUGGUCCAGGAUAGGACCAUGAUGUAGAGAUCAGAGGGGACCUAGGAACCAUUAGGACUGAAGCACCAUAGGGCUGGUGAUGUAUGACUUUUAUAUAUAUAUAUAUAGAGAGAGAGAGAGAAUUCUGACCCUUAAAAACAAAUCAACCAGACAUCUUUUGUAUAAAGUUUAAUAAAUGUACUAAUGAACUAAUACAUUGGCCAAUUACAGAUGGAAAACGUCCUAUGCGUGUCCUUUUCUACUUUUCCACAUGUAUUUUACUAAAUCUAUCCAAUGAAGGGAACAGGGAAAUUAAAAAUAUAUGUCUAUAUGGGGUAGGUUAACCAAGUAUAGUAAAGCUAUAAUGAAGCAACUGUCCUCUACACAAUCAUGUAGUAUAAUGGGUGUAACGCUGGUUUAUGUGACGGUCUACCUUUUGCAUAAUGUUUCAGCUCUGCUUUUCUAACUCUAAUAUAUAGCUGUAGAAAAUACAUCUUUAGUAUUUAGCAUCUCAGAUACAGACACACCACCACGGCAUCCAGAGAUGUUUUGACAUCUCCUCUAAUUCCCUGAUGCAUACAAUUGAGUGAAUGUAUCUUUAAAUCUCCGGAUGUAGCUAUGUCAUUACCACGCACAUGUACACGCCCGACUGACUGUACACUAGCUUCCUGUUACAUAAAAACACAGAGAAGAAAUGUCACAGCCAGGCCUGCACUGCAAGUCUCAUGCUCUCGGCUUUAGCAACUCUUCUAUUUAGUUUGUGCGUCUUCUCCUGAUAAAGCUGGAGGCCAUUGAAGCAUACUAGACUGAGAACUUCAGAAUGGAUAGCCUUCCUUAUGAUCUCAGUCAUUGUCUGGAUCUUCCAAGUUGGAGUGAGCUCAAAAUAUUAAAUGAGAAUGAGCAUUUAAAGAGUGACAACGCAGUAAAAUAUGGGGACUCGUUUGAUUCAGGAUUUCCAAGCCUAAACCAUGUUGCACCCAAAGGAAAAUCUCUCAAAGGUACAAGAGGUGACUGGUCACUAGAAAAGUCCAGUUCACCUGACUUUAUUGACCAGUCCGAAAUGCAGAUGAAAAUGGACUUCUUCAGAAAACUAGGCUAUUCCGCAGUAGAAACCUAUGCCGUACUGCAGAAUCUUGGCAUGGAAGCAGAUAUAAAUACUGUAUUGGGAGAGCUGGUAAAACAUGGAGGCAACCCAGAAAAGGAAGCAGUGCCAGAGGAGUCAAGUGAUGCUGUUUUAGUCCCACCAGGAGGCACACGCACACGGCCAACCACAUCUUCAACAGAAGACAAUAGUAACAACUUGCGACCAAUUGUGAUUGAUGGAAGCAAUGUGGCAAUGAGCCAUGGAAAUAAAGAUGUAUUCUCCUGUCGUGGAAUAUUGCUCGCUGUCAAUUUUUUCCUGGAAAGAGGCCAUACAGAUGUUACAGUCUUUGUACCAUCAUUCAGAAAGGAACAGCCUAGGCCUGAAAUGCCCAUUACUGAUCAACACAUUUUAACUGAUCUUGAGAAGAAGAUGAUUUUGGUUUUCACUCCUUCUCGGAGAGUUGGUGGGAAGCGGCUGGUGUGCUAUGAUGAUAGAUUUAUUGUCAAGUUGGCCUACAAAAGUGAUGGAGUUAUCGUUUCAAAUGAUACCUACAGAGAUCUCCAGAGUGAAAAGCCAGAAUGGAAGAAGUUCAUAGAAGAGCGGCUUCUCAUGUACUCCUUUGUUAACGACCUAUUUAUGCCUCCCGAUGAUCCUAUGGGUCGAAAAGGACCAAACCUGGAUGAUUUCCUGAGGAAACGGCCUAUUGGACCAGAAAACAAAAAAGUACAGUGUCCUUAUGGUAAAAAAUGCACCUAUGGAAUGAAAUGUAAGUUUUAUCAUCCAGAGAGAAUAAACCAAACUCAACGUUCGGUUGCUGAUGAACUGCGUGAAAAUGCAAGGUUGUCACCUACUAAGAACAAUGCUUAUUUAGAAGACAAAAAGAUGAGAAAAGUGUCAGUUGCUGAGAUAUCUACAGUGGAUCCAGACUCCACUUUUAUGCAGAAACCUCCUUUAGAGAGAACCGGAUCUUCUCAAAAAGCUAAGACAUCAGACAAGAGUAAAUUAAAUCAAUGGAAUGGAACAUCUGAAUGGUAUCCUCAUGCUGUCUGCCCAAAGGACUCCCAUAAUCAAAUCUCUUAUGACUCUGGUGUGGAACUAUGGACAAGUGUUUCAAACAGUUUCUGUGACCAUUCUCAUGAUUACUGCAACAGUAAUCAUCGGAUGCCAUGCUGUCAGCAUACAAAGGAUUUGGACAGUGAUCCGCGUAAACACUAUAGUUCUCAGAAAUUGGUUCCACAUGGUUGCCAUGCAACCUCCUUUUACCCAUAUAGUCCAUCUUCUCCCUGGUCUUCCCAAAAUGCAUCACACCAAACUUAUGAAAGAGAAAUGGCUGAGAAGUCUACCACAGCCCAUCAUAGUGUACCAAAUGACUAUACACCCGGGCCUACCCACUCACUAGAGUUUUGGUCAGAACCAGGACCCAUUCUUCAUUCUUCCAGGAGACAUCAGUCUAACUAUCAAUUAUACAGCCCGGUUCCACCUUCUAGAAAUGAUUAUCAAAAAUGGCAAAACUCAGAUAAUUACGCAAGAGAGAGAUUAAGCAUGCGCAACAAACUGUGUGCCAUCUUCCAGCCCUCAUUAGUAGAUUCUGUGAUGAGCAUGUUUCCAAAUUUGCUGGAUCCACAAAGGCUUGCAGCAGAAAUAGUGAAUUACAAGACUCAAAAUGGGUUGUGAAAGUAACCAGAUAUUUGAAAAGAAGCCUAAUGAUUAAAAGCCUUUUCUGGUAAAAAUGAUUUCACACAGCAGUUCACACAACAUGGCCCCUGAAACAGAAGACUCAUACAUACCAGCUCCACGCUGUUUCGGUCCUCCACUCUGCAUCCACUCUCUCCAUCUUACAAGCCCAAAACUGUUUACAUCAGAAUGGCUAUGGGCAUGGUCACAUGCACCUCUCCAGCCAAUGACUGGCUUCAGUCAUGAAAUGCUCCUUGUGGUCACAUUACUGUCAUUGCCCAUAGCCAGCCGGAUGUAAACAGUGCUUAGACCAGAAGAUGUAGAGGGCGGAGGCAGCAUGGAUCAAUGGAGCAGUUAAGUAUGAAUCUUCUGUUUCAGGGGGUAUGCUGUAGGAACUU